AUGAAAAAAAUCGAAUUUGUGUCGGUGGCGACCACCUUCAACCCAAAACAUCACAGUGGCCAGGAGGCCAAAAUCAAUCCGAAUGGCAGCCUACAUCUGAACAUAUCGGUGGCCCAUGACUUCAAACAGGAUCAAUGGGCCAUGGUUGAGCUGGGUGUUCGUAACAAUACGAAAGCCAAUAGCUAUCGUACUCUAUUGCAAUACGAUUUCAAUAUCUGCCGAUCAUUUGGUAAAAGUCAAAGUAAAUUUUUAACCGAUUUGGCCUCAGGUAUUUUCCAGCAGGGCACAAUGCCCAUGAAGUGUCCGGUUAUGAAGGGUAACUAUUUCUGGACCUUGAACCCCUCAACAUUUAAUAUACCCGCCUUUGUAUUGCCGAAUGUGUAUAGGGUUAUUUUUUGUACCUAUAUACGCCUGAAGUCGGCGAAGGAAUUUAUAGGCAAUACAAGUGUUAUAGUAAAAGUUACCAAAUAA